UGCUAGGGGAAAACGCAUGAAAUCAAUGAAAUCUAUGAAAAAAUGACGUCGAGUUUCGGAAUUUAUGAACUAACAGUUUGAAAACAAACCUUGAAUAUCUCGUUUUUUGUGAUUACAUUCUCAAGAACAUAAUUAAAGGGGCUUGCACGGCAGGGCCGGAGCCGAAUACCCGAUCGAGAGGAUAUCUUUCCUUGGAGUUCAGGAUCAGCAUCCGCUAUUUUCACUUUGUCUACUCGAUGGAUCUGCUCCUUUGGAUGACUCUGGAUUUUAUCCCUUGUAUAUUUGUGAAACGUUGCUGGUAGAUUAAGGAUAUAAGAGAAAACACUAGCAAGCCCGUAAUCUCUCACGAGAAGCUAUUAUUCAGAGAAUCAAAGUCGCAUGUAGGCACUGAAUUGUCAUUCAGCAAGCUAACUAAUAAAGUAGACUGUUACUUCGUCUCUCUCACUCUAUGUGAAGUUCGUUGGAUGCUCCAUUGCUGCAGUUACGUAUAGGUUAUAUGUGACUUGGACUAACGAGUACUGUCAGCAGGCUAACUGCGCCUAAAUAAGCUAGCGGUGACUAUAGACAAGUUUUGGGGGACUACUGGAAUUAAAUGUGUAUCACGAGCUAGCUGUCCAUUAGUAAUUUAGGGCUAGCUAGUUAGCUGACUUGCUAACUGGCCUCGGAAUAGCUUUUUUACAUUGUCAGUCUAACGCACACCUCGCCUUGAAUAGCCAUUGGAAACGCAACAUUUCACUGAACUUUUAAGAUGUCAUUUUUCAAUUUUCGUAAAAUAUUUAAGUUGGGGGCAGAGAAGAAGAAGAAACAAUAUGAACACGUUCACAGGGACGUGAAUCCGGAGGAAGUCUGGGAAAUUGUUGGAGAACUUGGAGAUGGAGCGUUUGGAAAAGUGUACAAGGCCCAGAAUAAACAGAAUGGGAUCCUGGCCGCAGCCAAGGUGAUUGACACGAAGACGGAGGAGGAGCUGGAGGACUAUAUGGUGGAGAUUGACAUCCUGGCCUCCUGUGACCACCACUACAUUGUCAAACUGCUGGAUGCCUUUUAUUAUGAGAGCAAACUCUGGAUUUUGAUUGAGUUCUGUGCUGGAGGAGCCGUUGAUGCUGUCAUGUUGGAGCUGGAGAGGCCUCUGACAGAGCCGCAGAUCCGUGUGGUGUGUAAACAGACUCUGGAAGCGUUGGUUUACCUCCAUGAAAAUAAGAUCAUUCACAGAGAUCUGAAGGCCGGCAACAUCCUGCUCUCCCUUGAUGGAGACGUCAAACUGGCUGACUUUGGUGUGUCUGCCAAGAACACAAAGACCCUUCAGAGAAGAGACUCUUUCAUUGGAACUCCAUACUGGAUGGCUCCGGAGGUGGUUAUGUGUGAGACGUCCAAGGACAGGCCGUAUGACUAUAAGGCGGACGUGUGGUCUCUGGGCAUCACGCUGAUCGAGCUGGCGCAGAUUGAGCCUCCCAACCACGAGAUGAAUCCAAUGAGAGUGCUGCUGAAAAUAGCCAAGUCCGAACCCCCCACGCUCCUGCAGCCGUCCCGAUGGUCCUCUGACUUCAGUGACUUCUUGAGAAAAGCUCUGGACAAGAAUGUGGACAGUCGCUGGGGUGCUGAGCAGCUCUUACAGCAUCCGUUUGUCAGCAGUGUCGCUGAUAACAAACCCCUCAGGGAGCUGAUUGCCGAGGCAAAAGCAGAAGUGUUUGAAGAGAUUGAGGAAGGCAAAGAGGAAGAGGAGGAGGAGGAAGCAGACACACAGGUUCUGCCAGGACACAAGCGGGCACUGUCGGAUGCCAGCAUUGGAAGCUCGGAGGAUGAGAAGAUCUCACAAAACACGUCCACGCUGGAGUCCGUUACAGAGAAAACAGAACCGAGCGCAGAAUCCGUCAAGCCCAGUGACAAGGUCGCAGAAAAGGACCUGGGCCCCAGUCAGCCUGAGGGGGAGAAGCCGAACGAGGCCACGGAGCCAGACAGUCGUAAGGAGGAGACGGCUCCUGCAGAAAAGCCCACAAUGAGUAGAGAGGAGCCUCCAGCUCCAGAGACAGCUACUCUGGCAGCCUCAAGAGUCACGGUCAAGGAAGAGACCUCAGAAGAACCAAAAACUCCAGACCUACACACCAAGACUCAGGAGUCUGUUGUCCAGGAGAUUGUGACCGUUAGUGAGGAGACUGGUGAGGAGGAGAAGGAGGAAGUUAAGAAGGAGGAACCUAAAGAGGCCACAGAGGAGCUGAAAGAAGAAGAAGGUGACCAAAGGAAGGAGGGAGAACUAGAAGAAGUAAAGAGCAGCGUAGCGGACGACCAACCUGUGAGUGAAAGCACUGAGGGAACUGUUGACAGACCUGAAGCCCCAGAGAAAGAGGAGGAUGGAGUGAAGAUAGAGAAAGAGGAAGAUGGAGAAGAGGCAGUGAAGACGGAGAAAGAGGAAGAGGCAGUGAAGACGGAGAAAGAGGAAGGGGCAGAGUCACAAGUCAUUGUAGGACCUGAAGCCUCCACUGAAACCCCUGCAGAUGAGGAGACAAAGGUGGCAGAAUCCUCCACACAGGUGGUGGAGGUCCAGGAUGAAGGUAAACCUGAAGAUCAAAAGCCAGAGGAGAAGCAGGCUGAGUUAAAGGCAGAUUCUGUUCCAGAGGACAUUGCUUGUGGUACGGAGACAAGAGCAACUGCAACUUCAGACAAAUCUGUUGAUUUGAUCCCUGGUGUUGUCAUCAAUGGAGAAAAUAGUGAGGAAACCAGCGCACUAGAACAGGCACCAGAGACCAGUCAGAACACCCCAGAGACCAAUCAGAACAUACCAGAGACCAGUCAGAACACCCCAGAGACCAAUCAGAACAUACCAGAGACCAGUCAGAACACCCCAGAGACCAAUCAGAACGUACCAGCAGCACAAGAGACGACUACGGAGGCUGAGAAUGACCAAAAAGCUGCAGUGGAGGUGAAACCUGAUGUUGAGAAAGAGAAGGACUCUGAUUCGGGCAGUAGCUCUGCUGCUGAUACCAACAGCAUCGACCUCAAUCUGUCGAUAUCCAGUUUUCUCACCAAAACCAAGGAGUCUGGCUCUGUCUCUGUACAGGACACCAGGCGUCAGAAGAAAACUCUGAAAAAGACACGCAAGUUUAUGGUGGAUGGAGUAGAGGUCAGCGUCACUACGUCAAAGAUCGUCACAGACAAUGACACCAAGAGUGAGGAACUAAGGUUCCUGAGGCGUCAGGAGCUGAGAGAACUCAGGCUGCUGCAGAAGGAGGAGCAGAGGGCCCAGCAGCAGCUCAGUAAUAAACUCCAGCAGCAGAGGGAGCAGAUCUACAGACGCUUCGAACAGGAGAUGACGGGGAAGAAGCGUCAGUACGACCAGGAGGUGGAGAACCUGGAGAAGCAGCAGAAACAGACAAUCGAGCGCCUGGAGCAGGACCACACCAACCGUCUGCGUGACGAGGCCAAGAGGAUCAAAUCUGAACAGGACAAGGAGCUGUCCAAGUUCCAGAACAUGCUCAAAAACCGCAAGAAAGAGGUCAAACAGGAAGUGGGACUGUCACCCAAACACAUACGAAAAGAGCUCAUGAAACGAGUAAAGGAAGACCUAGCAUUUGUUCAACACGAAGAGGAGCAGGAGUUUCUCCAGAGACAGCAGCAGGAGCUGGACGGAGCACUGAAGAAGAUCAUCCAGCAGCAUAAGCUGGAGAUUGCCACCAUAGAGAGGGACUGUCUCAACCACAAACAGCAGCUCAUGAGAGCCCGAGAGGCAGCCAUGUGGGAGUUAGAAGAGCGCCACCUGCAGGAGAAGCACCAGUUACUGAAGCAGCAGCUGAAAGACCAGUACUUCAUGCAGAGACACCAGCUCCUGAAGAGACACGACAAGGAAAUGGAACAGAUGCAAGGCUAUAACCAGCGUCUCAUAGAGGAGAUGAAAAACAGGCAGGCCCAGGAGAGAGCCCGUCUGCCCAAGAUCCAGCGCAGCGAGGCCAAAACACGCAUGGCCAUGUUUAAAAAGAGUCUGCGUAUCACAGGGACGGGCACGCCGGAGCAGGACCGCGAGAAGAUCAAACAGUUUGCUGCUCAGGAGGAGAAGAGACAGAAGAAUGAGAGGCUUCAUCAGCAUCAGAAACAUGAAAACCAGAUGAGAGACCUACAGCUCCAGUGUGACGCUAACAUAAGAGAACUUCAGCAGCUACAGAAUGAAAAGUGCCACCUCCUUAUUGAACACGAGACUCAGAAGCUGAAGGAGCUGGAUGAGGAGCACAGUAAGGAGCUGAAAGACUGGAGAGAGAAACUGCGACCCAGGAAGAAGGCUCUGGAGGAGGAGUUUACGCGUAAGCUUCAGGAGCAGGAGGUGUUUUUUAAGAUGAGUGGAGAGUCCGAAUGCCUUAACCCCACAGCACAAAGCCGAGUUUCCAAAUUUUAUCCCAUCCCUAGUGUUCACUCGUCUGGCUCAUAACCCCCGGACACGAGCAGGCCAAGGCUCUGCCGGCAGAGAUGCGCCCUCUAGUGGUGUGGAGGACUUUCUGCUGGCCUCAUCUAUUCACCUGAUGACAAUCAAAAGCCUGACUGAUGUUUGGAAGCGGGACUCCGUUAAGGCAGUAAAAUGCAGCUGUGCAGAUUUCAUGAUGCUUACAGUUAAUGAGACUGGAACUUGAGAAAGUGUUAGCUUAAUGCGUUACUCUUAUAUUCUCUAAUAUGCUGAAUCCAAUGGAUUACCGUGUCACCUCUCCCUCCUCUCGGUUUGGGAGGCGUGGCUUCUCCCUCCUCUCGGUUUGGGAGGCGCGUCUUGCAUGCAGCAGGGCAGUGGUACAUGUCAGAGAAGGACCAGGAUGGUCAUUGAUCUGGUUACGCUGUGACUUCCCUGUUACCUCAGGCUGAUCAGUGGGAUAAUGGGUUUGGGAAGAAGAUCUUAGCUGUGUCCAUUUCUCCCCGUAGAACUUCAUGCUCACACACGGUGAUAUUCUACCAACGCUUUUUCACGCUUUUUCACGCCUUCUUCAGAGCGUUGUGCAGUCACACAGUGAGUGUCCAUCCAGCCUUUGGUGCUGGUGUUAAGUGUUGUUGCCCUUACAGUAAACAUGGUGCUGCUUGAUUCCCAAACCCCAGUA